GGAGACCAGUCGGACCCUCCACCCUCUUUAGGGGAGGCCAUGGACUCCCUAGUCGAGCCCCGGUGGCCUCCGGGCCUGGCAGUCAUGAAGGGCUUGGUGACUGAAGAUCUCCCCAUGGAAGAGCUGACAUUGUGGAAGGAUCUGGGAAAGCCGUGGUUUUGCAGUUGUGCUGGCUUUGGCUCCAGUGUGCAAUGGAGAAGAGCAUCGAUUUGAGUUCCAAUGGUUCUGGGUUAAAUUUAGUCUCUGCCUUCUAUUUAACUGUGUGACCUUGAUUCAGUUACUUAACCUCUCUGAGCCUGAGUUGCCUCAACUAUAAACUGGAGACAGAAAUAGUUUAUAAGAUGGAUGCACACCUAUCUGACUUUGCAGAUUGCCUGCCUCUUCCCCUCCUUCUGCUGUCACUGGCGCCAGCUCUUUCCAGGGCUUCCUCAUCUGGCUCCACCGUGUAGUACCGUACAGUACUGAGCAGAAAGCACUGGACUGACGGCCAGUAGACCGGAAGUUUUGUCCUGGCUUGACUCAUGUGCUGUGAGCCUGCUCUGGAUACAAGUUUACUCAUUUGUGAAACAAUAGAUGAUUUGCUGCGCUGUGGAAUUUGCUUUGAAUAUUUCAACAUUGCAAUGAUGAUUCCUCAGUGUUCACAUAACUACUGUUCUCUUUGUAUAAGAAAAUUUCUGUCCUAUAAAACACAGUGUCCAACUUGCUGUGUGACAGUCACAGAGCCGGACCUGAAAAAUAACCGCGUAUUAGAUGAACUGGUAAAAAGCUUGAAUUUUGCACGGAAUCAUCUGUUGCAGUUUGCCUUAGAGUCACCACCCAUCUCUUCUUCCUCCUCAUCAAAGAACCUUGCUGCCAAAGUGCACACUUCUGUAGCCUUCAGACAUUCAUUAAAGCAAGGAAGCAGGCUAAUGGAGAACUUCUUGAUUAGAGAAGCUGGUGGUUCUGUGUCAGAGUUGUUGAUAAAAGAGAAUGAAAGCGAAUUCAGCCCUCAGAAAGAGCUGAGUUCUUCUGCAAAGACCAGAGGGACACCUUUCGUAGAAAAAUCAGCUCCAGGUUUCUCAGAGGCUGGUGUUCCUGAGACACCCUCUACAUCGGCCUUGAAACAAGUUACUAAAGUGGAUUGUCCUGUUUGUGGUGUUCAUAUUCCAGAAAAUCACAUUAAUAAACACUUAGACAGCUGUUUAUCACGUGAAGAGAAGAUAGAAAGCCUCAGAAGCUCUGUUCACAAGAGGAAGCCGCUGCCCAAAACUGUAUAUAACUUGCUCUCAGAUAGAGAUUUAAAGAAAAAGCUAAAACAGCAUGGCUUAUCUGUUCGAGGAAGUAAACAACAGCUCAUUAAAAGGCACCAAGAAUUCGUACACAUGUACAAUGCCCAGUGUGAUGCUCUGCAUCCUAAAUCAGCUGCUGAAAUAGUUCAAGAAAUUGAAAAUAUGGAGAAGACUAGGAUGCGUCUUGAAGCUAGUAAACUCAACGAAAGCAUAAUGGUUUUUACAAAGGACCAAACAGAAGAGGAAAUAGAUGAAAUUCACAGUAAAUAUCGUAUAAAACAUCAGAAUGAAUUUCAGCGUCUGGUGGAUCAAGCCAAAAAAGGAUAUAAGAAAACUGUUGGAAUGUCAAAAAAAAAAGUAACAGAAGAAGAUGAAUCUACAGAAAAGCUAUUAUCUGUAUGCAGGGGACAGGAAGAUAAUAAAAUGAAAUUCUCAGAUAUGCCCUCAGUAACAAACCACUUCCCUCAGUCAAAGCUGGACUCCCCAGGGAAACUAGAGCCUGACAGACCAGAUGAUUCUUCCAGUUGUACUGAUAUUCAAGAGGUAGCUCUUUCUUCACCAGAGUCAGAUUCAUUCAAUAGUUCCAGUUCAGACAUCAUAAGAGAUCUCCUAGAAGAAGAGGAAGCCUGGGAAGCAUCACAUAAGUGCGAUCUUCAAGACACAGAAAUAAGUCCCAGACAGAAUCGUCGCACGAGGUCAGGUGAAAGUGCUGAGCUCGAGCCAAGAAAUAAGCGGAACAGGAAUUAGUGUGGGUUUGUUGACUUUCCCAGUGCAGUCAUCAGAAGAUGGUACUUUUGUUGCCAUGUAGAUUUCAUAUUCAUAAAUGCCCAAGUGAAGAUGUUACAUUCUAAAUAUUAUGUUUAACUGAUUUUUAUUCUUUUCUGCCUUUCCAGGAAAAAAAAAAAAUUACAAAGCAUCCUCACUUGGUCAGUUACCUCCUGCCCCUAAAACAUCUCUCUCUAAAAAUACUGGCAUCCACAUGUUCACCAGCUUUGCAGACGACAAGAGUCUUUUUGGCAAAAGGGUUUUGUUUGAUUUUGUUUCUAAAUUUCAGAAUGUCCUUAAGCCAUUCUCCUCUUCCAUGGAGAAGCCAACUUCAGAAAAGGAUCCUUUAACCCCUCUACCACAAGGAGCAGUUGAGGCAUUCAGAGCCACUGUGUUUCUGGAAAGGCAGGAUGUCCUAACUCAAGUCCUCCGUGAGUGUGAGCAUGCGAGGCCUGGAGGCCGGUGCGCGUGUUACAGCUCUUUCAGGAUGGUUGUUGCCCGAGUUUCAUGUGGUUGUUAGUUAGACCUGUGUCUUACACUUUACUUGGAGUAGGAUAUUAGUAUUGUAACCUAAAGGCACAAAACACUAACUUUGAAACAUUAGGCAUAUUCUCCAGAAAUGCCACUUACAAAUGAUUCCUUGGUCUUUUUUCACUUGGGUAAAUCAAAUCUUUAACACUUUGAAUCCCAGCUAUUAAAUGAAAAGAAUGUAAUAAAUGAAUUUUGUAACUGAAUAGACUCUAUAUCAAUUUAAAAUAAAGUCCUUGAAAACA